UAGAGGCAUUGCUCAACAAUAGAAUGCGCUACAUAUCUAGUGAUGUGAACCCAAUGAUCCAACAAUGGAUGUGUGGAAUGGCCGUGAGGCAACUCCAUGAGGUGACUCCAAAUAUACGCGUAGCAGAUCAGCAAGUGUAUCACUACAUCAUCAGACACAAUAGGGAAAUGGAUGCAAGCCCUACAAGGUCCCAAUCAUCAGAGUCCUCUUUUAUGUCAGCUGAGAGUGAGGGGACUGCCGACACUGCUACAGCUGCAGUUGAGCGAAUGGAUGUUGACAGCGAAUCAGAUAAGAGACCUGGUUCUGAGUCAGAACGUGAACCUGAGGUUGAGCGAGACGUACCAGAUUCAGAGCUUCCAAUCAGACGAGGUCCUCUGAGAAUCCCCGAUCCUCGCCCCCACGCCCCAAGAAUCAACGGAGCGACCCCGAGAGAACGAGGUGUUGAAAAUGAUGAUUGGCAAUCUCAGGUUCCAUCUGACUGGGUGCCUAUCAUUACUCGUGACAUUGCUACCCAACGUCGUCAACCUCCACAACAACCUUUUAGCGACACCUACCUCAGCGGCAUGCCAGCUAAGAGACGCAAGUUGAUGGAGGAGAAAAAGUGCACAGAAGAGCUUGGAAAAGUCACAAAUAUUGUACCAGUUGCGAUCGAGAAUGCCGCCAGUGCAGUUGGGGCAACAGCUAUAUCAUCCACAUCAGAUAUGGUGAAAGACUGUGAAGAAAAUACUGCCCUGAGUGACUCCUAUCAGGAGCAGGUUCAAGCUACUAUCAGACAUAGACUUAGAACCGAUCCUAAUUAUAGACCUGAGAAAUUCCCAAAUACAAAGAAAUAUUUUGAUAAGUAAAAAAGAUGGCAGCACCUUUAGUCACAUAAAGACACAAUUGCAAUAGUGUACUAGUUGCCGCUAGGUUCCAAAAACUGGAAUUACCAUCGACAUGAUGUUAUCUCAGUAUCAUGUGACAUCAAAUAUCUACCGAAACUGACAUAUUGGCUCAAGAUACAAGCAUAGAACAUUUAGUUCUGUCAACAGUGCUUCUCUAUGGCCAAAGUUUCACUAACACAGAUCUGUAUUUGUAGUAAGAAAUUCUCUCAUGAAUCCGACAAAUCGUUUAUCAAUCGAAAACAAAAUUUCUGGAUAAGUCUCCCAUUGGUGCAGUUUUCAACACUAUAUGCUUCAUACAUAUGUUCUUUAUAAAAAAUGGGCACAUCAUAUAAUAAAUAGUCAAAAAUUCAAGUGCACAUGUAGUGUAAAUACUAAGUGCACUUGAUAGUAGUACACGUGCGCAUGCACAUUACAAGUGUACCUGUAAAUAUGGCAAGUGCACCUAUUAAUAUUACAAAUACAUCUGUAGAUACUACAAGUGUACUUUGCAAUAAUACAACUGUUCUGAAUUUGGAGGAGUGAUUAAGAAAUGUUGAUGUUGUACUGGAUACAUAUCCAGAUAGAAAAACCAUUAAGAUGGGGAUACAAUCGUGUAGUGAGAGCUAGUUUCAGGAUUCAAUGUGGUUUGAAAUAUGGAAGAAAAUCUAACUAAAGGAGUGGUGAUGAUUUUGAAAUAUUUAACAUAACGCUGUAAUUUUUGAAAACCUUAACUGUAUAUAUUAUUUAUUUUAGUUCAAAAUCAAUCUUGCAGUAAAACUUAUAUUAUGUUUAUGAGAAAAUGCCAUUCAAUAGGGAAAUGCCAUUCAAAUUGAGUUCUUUUCAAUGUGAUGUGAGAAUGCCAUUCAGUUUGAAUUCUAUUCAAUGGUAGAAUGCCAUUCAACUUGAGAAUGAAAUUCAAUAGGAAAAUGCCAUUCAAUUUGAAUGUCAUUCCCUUUUAGAUUACACAGUGUUUGAUGUGAAUUAAUCUUAUCAGGUUUGCAGGCUAUUUUUAUUAAUCACAAUUUGGCCCUGAAGUUGAAAUCUCUUAUUUAUAUCUCUUAUUCGUAAAUGCUUAAUUCCAAAAAUGAACAUCAUUUACUAAUUCCCAGUAAAAUGUCCUCCGUAACAAUCACUAUUUAUCGAAGUUAAUUCGAUUUUAGUUUUCCAAGCGUAAUUGGUUAAUUGCAUAUAAUGUGAAUUCCUUGUUUUCUAUUCUAAAUGCUUUUCUUUGCUUAUUGUAGUUGAAUGUAUGGUGAAAAGGCAGAAACUUUAUAUUUUGUAAAUACAAGCAUGUAUAUCAUGAUAAUUGAUAAUCAUUGUGUACAGUAAAACAUUGUUUUGUUUUGACACAAUUUUUGGCUCACAUGGCCCACAAGUUCAUCUGUCCAUCCAUUUGUCCAUCUGUCUGUCAAUUUGGCCCACAC